ACCUUGGCACUAUGUACGCCACCAAAAGGAGACGCAGGAACAGCAAAAGUAUACGUGUUCAGCCAAAGGAUGGUCAAACCAAAUCCAAUCCUUCAAAGAGACACAGAGAACGGCUCAACUCAGAGCUCGAUAUGUUGGCCAGUCUUCUACCAUAUGAACAGUCGGUUCUCUCCAAACUCGAUAAACUAUCAAUACUUCGACUCAGUGUUUCUUAUUUACGGACAAAGAGCUACUUUCACGUUGCCAUACAUAAAGAGCGCCACCAGCAUCACCAGGGUAUCCACGAUGCCAUGGCUCACCACAAGCCACCGCACCGGGAGCUGCACUAUCCCGAAGCACUCAUGGAAGGUGAUCUCAUUCUCCAGGCAUUGAAUGGUUUUUUACUGAUCCUGACCUGUGAUGGGGAGGUCUUCUAUACCUCACAUACUGUCGAAACUUACUUAGGCUUUCAUCAGUCUGAUAUCUGUCAUCAAAGUGUCUACGAAUUGGUUCACUCGGAAGAUAGGGAAGAGCUUCAGAGGCAUUUGAUGUGGAACUCACACCUACCUAAUGAUCGAUCGUCACUGACAUUACAAGAAGUCCUAUUACAAGACAAUUGCCAAUUAUUAGAAAGAAAUUUUACGGUUAGAUUCAGAUGUUUAUUGGAUAAUACAUCGGGUUUUUUGAGGUUAGACAUAAGGGGUCGGAUUAAAGUACUUCACGGUCAGAACCACAAGUCUGAAGAGCCACCGAUGGCAUUGUUUGCUGUUUGCACCCCAUUUGGUCCGCCGUCUCUCCUGGAAAUGCCUCAAAAGGAUUCAAUGUUCAAAAGCAAACACAAACUCGAUCUCUCACUCGUCUCAAUGGAUCAAAGAGGCAGACAAUUGCUCGGUUAUAGUGAUAGCGAAUUGGCAAACAAGGGUGGCUACGAUCUAGUCCAUUACGAUGACCUGGCUUAUGUGGCCAGUGCUCAUCAAGAGUUACUAAAAACAGGAGCUUCAGGUCUUAUAGCGUACCGUUUAGUGACCAAAGAAUCCAAGUGGCAGUGGUUGCAGACAAGCGCUCGAUUAGUCUAUAAAAAUAGUAAACCAGACUUCAUAUUAUGCACUCAUAGGCCUCUCAUGGAAGAGGAGGGCAGAGAUCUACUGGGAAAGCGUACGAUGGACUUCAAAGUGACAUAUCUUGACGGAGGUUUGGGAGCCAUGACUGAUCGCUCCGGCUUUCUGUCGGACAGUGAUUUUGUUAUGCGAUGCCAACGCAGUCGUCGAUAUAAAUCUCAAAUCAGAGAUGUGGUGACAAAUUGUAAGCCAACCGGCAAACGAAAACAACAGGCGACCAAUGCUGACACACAUACAUAUACAGCGUUUGAAGACAAUUCGGGUGUCAAUGCUGUGAAUGUGGUCACACACGCAGCAGCGGUUACGGCUACAGCGGCCGGAUAUCAAAACUCAACAAUGUAUCCGUAUAGUGACAAUAUGAACGGGUUGUCCACUUAUGCUGCCGCCGCCGCAGCCGUUGCAAUGCCGCAAAAUUUGUUUAGCGCCGCUAUUGACCACAAUUCUCGUCCAUUUCUUGCACCGGAAAACUUUUUGCAUUACUCUCGUCACGCGUUAGGACCAUAUUAUCCCGAAUACCAUCCCGCAGCUCAAUACCCGACCAAUGGUUUUCUCGAUCACAUGACCACCAGUCGAACGACACAUUGUUUUCCCGGUGGUUAUAACACAGACACUAAUAGUUUAGUCAAAGAAAAUAAUGAUAAGUUAUACGGUUGCCAAAUGACCAGUGACUCCAAGUUUCCGAUGAAUGAAUCGGUAACAACUAAUGGGCGAACAAAGACUUCCUGUUGCGACAGUUAUAUGUCAAGUGCCACAACACCGUGCAGUUUGAUGACGACACCGACAUCCAUACAAGCUAUUCAUCAGCCAUUAUUAGCCGACACCAAAAUUGCCGACAUUCCCGCGCACCGUAACUUYGGCAUCAAUUCUGCUCCCAACGACUGUCUCUCUGUCAUCAAACAUAAGGCAAGUCUUCCAAUAUUGACAGCAAACUCCGUUUCACAUCGYAAUGAUCACAAUAAUAUCGAUUCAAUUGCAACCACCUCUCAAUCGACAACAUCCCAGUCCAUACUAUCAGCGUUCAGUACAGCAAACAAUAUAGACUCGCGACAGAGUGUCCUCAUGUGGGGUACAAACCAUAACUUUGCGCCRAGAAAUAAGUACGGAUUGGCUGCGAACGACAUUAAGCCAAAUGAACGAGUAGUCAGUUGUAAGUGGAACGGGAGUAUCGCUAAUCCCAAACCACUAUCACCUCAUCCAUCUGUAGCACACAGUCCAUCCAGCGCUAAGGUGCCAAUGAGUAUGCCUAUCACUGGCUAUAGCACACAGGCCUACAUCACUCCCGACGUACCACCAAUUGAGCAACCCUUGGCUAAGCAGUUGGAUUACUUUAGAGGCAUAGCAUUGAUCGAUGGCUGCAAAGAAAUUAAUCCAUUGCUCACCAUAUCGGAGGUGACCAAUACUUUACUGAAUCAAUGA